CACCACUGACCCCUGAUGUUGGGGGCCGAAAUGAUGGCCGCGUGGCUCGGCAAACCCUGCAUGCGCUGGUGCCUGAAAUUCCGCGUCAGGUCUUCAGUAUGCCUCCAUUCAAGGCCUCACCAGGUCAUCAACGGUCCUCCAGAUCGCGCGGGGCAUCUGGAGCCAUGCCAGGCUUACGAUCGAUCUUCGGGCGCCUCCGGCGUGGUACACCGUCGACAGCAUCGACACCAUCGACACCACCGACACCGCCGGCGGCGCCAGCAGAAACGGAGCAGCAAAAAGCGUUUCACGAAUGGAUGCUUCUCGAGACUCAGAAGAGUGAUAUCCAUCGGCAGUUCAAACUUGCUCGCCGUUCUGAUCCCGCACAGCGGUUCGCCGAAGCAGAGGUCCGGAAGUGGGCCGCCGCCAAGCAGCAUGAGCAGACCGCGGCGAACUCGGCAACAUGCGACGAGCCCGCCAAGCAGAAUGGCAUCUACAGGGAGCUGCGAGACCCUUACGAGAUCCGCGUGCUGGAAGUGCUACCCGGCGUUGGCGACGAGACGCUGCGAUGCCAUCUGGUCCACUGCUCCGUGGAAUUCGAGUUGAAAUUCCCCCACCCCAAAGUCCAGUACGCCCUAUCCAUGCAGGAUCUUACCCAGCCGGUGUGGUACACCGCUCUGAGCUACGUCUGGGGCCCGCCGAAUUUCGAAGCGACGAUUGAGUGCGACGGGCAGGCCUUGCCCAUCACGCGGUCUCUCGAGACCGUGCUGCGCCGUUUUCGCUUGCCAGACUGCUCCGGCUUCAUGUGGGUUGACCAGAUCUGCAUCAACCAGAACGACCUCCGAGAGAAGGAACGGCAGAUCCCGCUCAUGGCCUCCAUCUACCGGCAUGCGCUGAACACCAUUAUUUGGCUGGGUGAAGGCAACGCCGAGUCCGACGCGGCAAUGGAUCUCCUGCGAAAGCAUGGCGACCCACGCAAGAUGAUUCUCACCGAGUCUGAUCCUAACGAGUUUAAGCGGGUGCUCCCGCCGCCCGACGACAAGAUCUGGAGCCAUGUCUGGGAUCUGCUUUCGCGCCCAUGGUUCACUCGGGUCUGGGUAAUUCAAGAAUUUGUUCUCUCCCAGGACCCGUGGCUUGUCUGCGGUGCCAGUUUUCUGCCGGGGAAAGCCCUCUCUGUCGCGUGCCAAGAUUUCAUGGAGCACGGCGUCGCUCGGUGGCUGAUGCCGAAGCUCGGUGACUUCGACGCCGGGAACAAGAAUGCGAGCGGUUGGCGUGGGACGGAUGUGUUUGAGUCGACAUGGGAGCUCUGUUCCAUGAAGAACCAGCAGGCAUCAUCAGCAAACUUACCGCCCCUCAUCGAGCUGCUCGCCAGCACGCGGAAGGUGCAGUGCUACGAUGCCCGAGACAGAAUAUAUGCACUCCUCGGCAUCUGUAGUCACGCCGACAGAGCAGCUAUUCGACCCAGUUACGCCCCAGAGUGGACUGACGCCAAGCAAUACCGUGCCUACGCUACUUACUUCAUCACCCAGAACACAUUGCGAGCACCCUCAUGGAUGCUCUUAUGUGUUGAUCACGAACCCUCGCCCGAUCUCCCUUCCUGGGUUCCAGAUUGGAGAAAGCCCCGCCAGACCGUGUCGCUAGGGUUUGCUGACACCAAGACAAGGCCCUACAACGCGGCCGCGAAGUACGAAGGCCUGAUCUUCGUCCGUCGAUUCCCUCAGACUGCUCCUUUUGUGAAGGGUCAGAACGAGGAGGAGCUCUGCCUGCUCGGGUUGGUGGCAGACACGCUUGCAGUGGUCAGCGACGUCUUUUGCGACCCCGACGUCAGCCUUGCAAACCCAACAACGGAAAACACGACGCUGAUAUCUGCCGUUGAAUUCGUCUUGCAGCACUCUGGGCAGAUAACAGCAGAACCUGACGGGCUCUUCGAAACGCUCUGGCGCACGCUCGUGGCGAACAAGGACAAUUCGUUCGUGUCGUGGCCCAGCUGUACCUAUGCCGAGAUCUUCAGCCUCCUUCUUGACGAGUCCACCGGACGAUCGCCCACUCUACCGGGCCAGACGUACUCGGCUCGCCAGAAGCUCCCCGAAGGCAGCAGCGAUAGGCUGGAUCUGAACAGCCUUGCCGCCUUUCCGGACUGGCAGAUCUUCCAGGCCGCCCGCAUGGCACUGAUCAAUGCGCUGCGCAACCGGCGCCUGGGAAUCACCGAGGCCGGUCGCCUCGGCUUGUUUCCUCGUCACGGCAAAGUGGGCGAUACCGUCUGCGUGGUGCAGAUCAGCGACGUCCCUUUCCUGCUGCGGGCGGCCGAGCAGAGCGGUAAGUAUUGCUUGGUAGGGGAAUGCUACGUGCAUGGGAUCAUGAAGGGCGAGGUGGUGGAGCAAGAGAAAGCACGGCGUGGUCAGGAGAAGGAUGAGGAUGGGUGGCCUGGGGAGCUCAUCACCCUGGUAUGACGGCCGUGGCUGUCUGACAAUAUAACUCUGUCGAAAAAGAAAGAGAAAAAGAGAAAAAAAAAUCGCCACGAACAGAUGAGGCCCGUACAUGAAUACUGAGAGUGCU